AUGAACUUCGUUGCAGAAAGAACCAAACUUAUCGUGGGAAUCGACUAUGGGACCACGUACUCGGGCCUCAGUUUUGCGCUUUCCAAUGCGACUGACUUCAAGGACAUAUUUCCAUGGACCAAGUACCCCGGUUCAUCAUCGCAUAGCGCCGAGCACUGCGUAAAGGCACCAACAAGAGUUGCUUUUAUGGAUGAAAAUCCGGAGCUAGAUAAGAACGCAUGGGGAUAUCAGGUGGAACCUGGCAUGAAAACGUACGCCUGGACAAAGCUUCUUCUCGAUAAAUCAUCUUUGGUGUCUGAAUAUGAUGACCCCGACCUCUAUCUACCGGGUGAAUACCUCAAAGGCAUGAAGGCUAUGUUUGAUGAUGCUGUCAAUGAACACCUCGGCUCCCAUAAGAUCGAAAACCUACCAAUUGAAUUUUGGCUUACCGUUCCAGCAUCCUGGAGUGAAAAGGCAAAGUUGCUCACAAAAUCUGCAGCAACAGAUGCAGGGUUCGCUACACGACACAUGGAUAAGAUAAUGCUUAUAUCUGAGCCAGAGGCAGCGGCACAGCUUGCAUUGAAGUCUAGCCUACAUCGACUAGAAAAUUUUGUUAAGCCCGAAACUGGAGUAAUGGUUUGUGACUGCGGGGGUGGCACUGUGGAUAUCACUACAUAUGAAGUGGAGGCCACGCGGCCAACCUUAAAGCUUAGAGAAACUGUUGUCGGCGUUGCGGGUAAAUGCGGUGGAACUUUCGUGGAUAGAAACCUAUUCAAACUAAUGGCAGAUCGCUUUGGUGAUGCUUUCACGUCACUCGGGCCCGAACAAAUCGGUCCUGGCAGUAGCUUUAUGGACCAGUUCGAGCUCAAAAAGAAAGAUUUCAGUAUGAAGACGCCAAGCAAACGGGCCCAUCGUCUGAUGCUUUACAUGCCGAAACUCAAAGUCACCCCUUCAAUGGAGAAGUACUACGAGAGACGCUCCUCAUCAGUUCUCUUGACUCAAGAAGAUUACAAGAUGCUCUUUGACCCAGUCAUCAGUAUGAUUAUUCGUCUCGUGGAAGAACAAGUCAACCAAAUCAAAUUGAAAAAAGAACGGCCUGUUGAAACCAUUGUCUUAGUGGGCGGCUUUGGUUCUUCACCAUACUUGAAAGAACAGCUGACGGAGUGGUCCCAAAAUAGAGGGAUAAGAGUCACAACCCCAAUCACUGGCGCGUGGUCUGCUGUAGUUUGCGGGGCGGUUUUGCGUGGAUUGGAAGGUUCCAUCGUGAGGCAAAAGAAGUGCCGAAGACAUUAUGGUCACAAUAUGAGUCACGUCUACCAGCCAUCCAUCCAUGCACAUUUUGAUACAAAAAAGAGGUGGGUCUGGAUGGAUCAUAUACGGAACGAGGAAUAUCUGACGGGAUUCAUGCACUGGGAAGUCGGCAAGGGCGAAUUCAUCGAUUACGAAACAGAAAUCAACGCAGAGUUUUGCUCAUACUUCCAAGACGAUAUUCCGAAAUCGAACGAGUAUAUCUUGUACUCGUGUAACUUGGAUGAUGCACCCGACACUAUAGAGAAUGAACGAAUCGAAAAGGUCGGCGAAGUGAUAGCUACGUUAGACGGCCUUAACAAACAUGAGCUGACGCACGUUAAAAAGCAUGGUACAACAUAUUAUUCGCUUCCACUGACUCUGAACAUCCGAUUGGAUGAUGAAGCUGGCCACUUGGCAUUCCGGAUCUUUUAUCGAGAUAGAGAAGUUGGAAAAGCGGCGAUUAACAUCGUUGAUGAGUAG